AUGGCUACUAUUAAACAACUUGCCGAGCAGCAACAAACUGCUAUUCCCACUCUUUCCGCAGCAAUCAACCAGCAUCAACCCGUUGUUGAGUUGCCUGUCAACGAUAACAUUCUAGCUGAAAAAGACACCGAUAACAUUGAUGAUAAAGCCAAUAAACCAAAGCGAACAAAGAAACGCAAAUGCUUUUUUCAACGUGAUUCUUUAGUGAUUAGAGAUUCUCCAGGAAAAGAUGGAAGCAGACGUCGAAACCGACAUGAUAAUAACAAUUUUACUGAUCACCCGUUCGCAAUUCUCGAUCCUGCGGACCUUGUCCCCCCCGGCUACGAGAACGAAUUGGCCACAUUUCACUUCGUUUACGACGCGGUUGUUGACCAGCUUUGCAUGGCUUUAGCGGAUCGUAAAAUCGAGCUCCACAACGUCAAUCCCAAAAAACAUCCUCGCCAAAGUGACGAAAACAAUGGCCAACCAACUGUAACUCGCGAGAUGCGUAAGCGUUUGAAGAAGAAUCAUCCAAGAAGAUUAAUCAAAAAGUACGAGAGCGAAUUGAUUUAUUUCUUGGAUCGAGUUAAUAUCAAGAAAGGCGGUUGUGACGAAGAGAAGGAAAACGACUUUUCGUCGCCCAUCUUUUCUGAUUUUCAUGAUGAAUGGGUUAAUGUCGAUGAAGUUAAGGAAGGAAAGUUGACCUCUAAUGAGGUGGAUAAAGAACAUGAUGUGGUAAUCAUUAGGAAAGAACAGGACAUUGUUAGAAUGUCUGACCUUAAUCGUUCGAUAUCGAAUGAAGUCCAUGAACCUCCUAUUCUUUUUACACUUCAUGAAGCAUUUUUAGUUUGGGAUAUUGGUGAUAAAUUUGCACGUUGGGUGGUGCAUACAAUGUGUCGAUAUUAUGCAUUAACAUCAUUUAGUUAUGAUACUGAAGAGGGACAUCGUCUUACUUACGUUUGCCAUCCAGGGUUCAUGGAUGAAACUGGUGGUGAACUUGACAUAGCGAAAAAGAAUGCGAAAUUACGCAUUAAUAUGCCAAAGAAAACCUUUUUUGAAUAUUUAACCGUUUGA